AAUAUUGUGUACAAGUGGAUUUAUUAUUUUGACAUUGGACGAUGGCACAAUAUGGCUAUCCUUACAACGUUGAGUAUCGAGGAUAUCCUUCAGGUUAUCCUCCUCCACCACCUCCUGUAGCUCAACCUUAUGGCGCUCCUCCAGGAAGAACUACUGUAGUGUACGAAGUACCUGUGGAUGAAUAUGGAAACCCUAUAGGUUCUCCUUAUGGACAACAAACGGUUUAUGUAAAGGGUCCACCAGGGUCGUCUCCUUAUUAUUAUGGAAGAAAUCAAUAUUAUAGUCCUUAUGGAAAUACUGGUAGUGGUGGAGGUGGCGGUGAUGAAGCACUGGCCUGUUGUGCAGGUCUCUGUGCAGCUUUGGCUUGUUGUGGUCUCAUGGACUUGAUGUUUUGAAUAUUUUGUCAAUCAGAGCGUUAUAACCCGUU